AUUAACUACUGCCGUAACUAAAUAUCAAACAUUCACUCCAGAAAUUACUCACAACAGAUUUUUCCAGUAAUACCAAUUUCGUCAAGAUGGGUUCCGUCAAUCCCCAGCGGCCGGUCCGCGUCAUGAACAUUUCUGGAUCCCCAUCUGACCGCCGAGAUGCCAUCGCAAUCGCCGCCGCAUCCAAUGAGCCAAUCGACGUGUUUGUUGGAGACUGGAUGUCAGAAGUCAACAUGACGACACGAGCAUACGAUAUUGUCAACGACCUGGGCGUUGGAUACGAGCCAACAUUCAUCGACGCGCUCGAGCCGGCUCUGGAGAAUAUCGCCAAGAAGAAGCUGAAGCUAGCAGCGAAUGCGGGCACAGUUGCGACGAAAGAGCUGUUCGAUAUUGUUGUAUCCAUGGUAAAUGAAGAGGGACUGGAUCUGAAUGUUGCUUGGGUCGAGGGUGACGCGAAGGGCCCGUCUUCAUUCGUCAGCGUAUGUACUGGACAGUCAUUGGCAGAUUGGCCAUAUGAGCCAAUAUUUGCACAAUGCUAUCUUGGCGGCAUGGGCAUUGCGAAGACUUUCGGAGUUGGUGCAGACAUUGUCAUAUGUGGCCGAGUAGCCGACGCAUCCCCGAUCAUAGGGGCAGCAGCAUGGCGGCAUGGCUGGGCGGUAACAGAUUUCGAUAAGCUUGCACAGAGUCUCAUUGCUGGUCACCUUAUCGAAUGUUCGACCUAUGUGACUGGCGGUAACUACACCGGAUUCAAGAGCUUGGAUUGGGACACGAUGCAUGACUUUGGGUACCCCAUUGCAGAAAUAUCCCACGACGCAGAUGUCAUCAUCACCAAAGUCGAGGGAACUGGAGGAAUUGUCAUUGUUGAAACUUGUAAAGAACAGCUUCUUUACGAGAUUCAAGGCGCCUACUACCUAAAUAGCGAUGUCACCGCUGUCAUCGACAAAGCCAAAUUCACAGAGAUUGGAAAGAAUUGUGUGUGUCUUUCUGGAAUCACUGGACUGCCUCCGCCGAGUACGACAAAGUGCGGACUUACGGCAUUUGGCGGCUACAAGGCAGAGAUUCACUGGGCACUAGUCGGACUUGAUAUUGAAGAGAAGGUCAAGAUGCUAGAUAUCCAGAUGAAGCACAGUUAUGGAAAGGAGUGGCUCUCCAAGUUUACGACAUUUGACCUCACCGUCUAUGGUUCCGUGGAGAGAAAUCCCAAGAACCAGAACGCUGCAACAGUUGACUUGCGGCUUGUGGUCGAGUCGAAGGAUACUAAAGCCCUGUCAGUAGAGACCUUCAUAAGGCCAGCAUUCGACAUCAUCAUGCAAUCUUUCCCGGCGGCGACCUACCAUCCAGACCGGAGAACAGCGUCACCUAUACCAUAUCAAGAAUACUUCCCAACUCUCAUCCCCCAACCAACACAAACAAUCCACUUCUCCAAUUCUUCUAUGAAAUCCAUCAUACUGCCACCCCCUUCAAACACCAUUCCUCACAAACCACAACAGCCCUCCUAUCCUCCCACUUCCCCCGGCUCCAACUGCAAUAUUGGUCUGUUCGUUCGACACGGAGACGAAUGGGCACGGCUGCGCAGCUUCCUGAGCCUGAAGACAUUCAUCGAGCUACUAGGGGAAGAAUACCACGGACAGCAGAUCGAUCACAUGGAGUUUGAGCAGCUGUGGGCGGUGCAUUUCUUGCUACAUGAUUGGUUGGAUCGGGGCGUGACCGCGAAUGCGACGUAUGAUAUCCUAGGCAAAUUCUUAGCGGAGUAUCUCAGGUGUAAGAUUGUAGAUGUGCCGAAUGUGUUUCUAGAGAGGGGGAAGAUCUAG